AUGGUUAUCAACAAAGCAUUGCUAGCGACGGCAGUAUUGGCGACCAUAAUCAUCAUUAUGGCACGUCCUACGGUCCAGACAACAGUUUACAUUACCAAUCACUUAUCCCAAAAAAUAUUGAUUGUGCAUUGUCGAUCCAAAGACGACGACCUCGGAGCCCAUGCGGUCGCCGUUGGGGCAACCAUCCACUGGAGCUUUGGGCAGAGUUUAUUUGGCGAGACACUUUUCUGGUGCAAACUCGCGGUCCAAGAUAAGCGUAUUUCUUUCGUGGCGUACGAGCAAGGCAUCGACAUCAUGGGAGACUGGUUUGUUCGUGACGAUGGAGUUCACGGGAAUGGUAGCCCGUACUUUCUGAAGGCUGCAUGGACGCGACCAUAA